CGACGCCCAAGACCUGUCCGUGUAUCUUGUUACUUUCCUACCAUUGCAUGCCCAGCUAGCCCUAGGAGCAACUUUGCUUACUUGCUUGCCAAACUCGGCGCAUGUCUUUCAAGGCUCUCGUCUAUGCCUACGUGUUAGGAGGCCUGACAUUCAUCCCCUUACUUAUUUGUGCUGCUAUUGCCUGGACUAUUUACACGUCUGUGCCCGUUGGAGAUCCUGAUCCUUCAAAACUCGAAAGGAAGAAGCUUGCGGAGGAGUCAAAAGAGGACGAGGAUGAACAGACUCAUCUGACCGUCAACGACCAGCCGAAGCCACGUAAGGCAUGGCUCACCGUCAGGCGUACAUUCGAGGAAAAGGAACAGGACGGAUCAUACGUGAACAUGAUGCGUACAUUCUUGGACUCGCGUUCUAAGGACCCGAAACGCUCACGGCCAAAGGAUAUGUGGUACGUCGUCCUCAAGGGCAAUGUCCUUUAUCUGUACGAAGACGAGUCUAUGACGGAAUGCGAGGCGGCGAUCCAAGUUUCUAUGCACGAAGUCGUGAUUUAUCCAGAAGGCCUUAUGGAUGGAGAAUUAUUCACAAAACGCAAUGCGAUUUGUUUAAAACCCUUCAUCUCCCCCAAGGUCCGUAGUAAGGAACUUGCAAGUGUUACACGCGAAAUGGGAUUCGAGGAAGAGGACGUGAACAGGCAGGUCGCUGAACUCGAUGUUAGCGAGAGGAAGAAAGAAAAGGAGCGCAAGAGGCUAGAAGAGGUUGAACGGGUGAAAGCAGAGGCAAAGAGCGAAGCGUUUGAUAGGUCAACGCCUUGGUUUAUUUUUGUACGCUCAUGCGUGGACAUGGAAGACUGGUAUCUCGCGUUGGUGCAUGCCGCAAACUAUUCUGACAGUUCCUCAACACUUGAGCCUGUCCGUCCCGUCUUCUCACCUGCCGACAUGAACUACCUCGUCUCAACACUAGACGAACAACCAGAUGUCAUUCCUAUGCGCUGGUUGAACGCAUUACUCGGACGCAUAUUCUUCAGUUUCUAUCGCACGAAGAACCUCGAGUCUUUCAUUAUUGGCAGGUUGAUGAAGAAGCUUUCGAAAGUCAAGAUGCCGUCAUUCCUGCAGAAUGUAUCCGUAACAGAGGUUUCAGUGGGGAAUACCCCUCCAUCCUUUAGCAAACCAAUGCUCAAGGAUCUGACCAAGGAGGGCGAUGCAGCCUUAGAGAUUCGCGUCAUGUACAAGGGCGAGAUCAGGUUGACAGUUGAAGCUACAGCAAUCAUCAAUCUCGGCCAGCGGUUCAAGACUUACACCGUCAAGCUGGUACUGGCAGUUGUCCUUCGGAGACUCGACGGUAAUCUAUUGAUAAAAGUAAAGCGUCCACCGACGAAUCGAAUAUGGUAUGCUUUUACGCAGCCGCCAGAUAUGGAUCUGGACGUCGAGCCUGUUGUGAGUGACAGACAGAUCAAGUGGGGGAUGAUCUGUAGCACUAUUGAGUCGAAACUCAAGGAAAUCAUUAAUGAAUCCAUUGUCAUGCCAAACAUGGAUGACAUCGCAUUCUUCGAGUCGUCUCAAUAUAUGCAUCGCGGUGGUAUCUGGGCUGAUGCUAGCCGCAAAACAGAAUCUGAGCCGGAUGUUUCCGGAGAGCCAGAGAAACAGAACGUAACAACUAUCGAUGUCAAUGGUGACGUGCCCAUGAAGUCACAAUCUACAGACGUCCUUCUAGAAACACACCCUAAUGUACCAGCUGAUUCGGUGACAGAGGUGGACUCUGAUCGCGUAGAGACUGCAUCCGCACCAACUCUAUUACAGGAUCCACCGAAACGACGUUCAUGGUUCGGGAGCAUUUCAGGAACCACUACUCUAGAAGAAGAGGACGAAAGUGCCAAAUCAAAUCAGAUCGAACAACUUCCCGCUUCUGAUGAUGACGACCGAGGAAGAUCGCUCAAUGUCGAUACAACUCUUAGAAGGGCAACGUCUGUACCGGCAUCUAAAAGUUCACCUUUAGAAGAGUCGGAUGUGGCGCAAGAAGCUGCACAAAGUGGAUCGACACUUACACCCGAGGCUUCGCAAGAUAGCUCUUCUACGCACUCUCGGUCCCGGUCGCUGUCAUCCGGAGCGAAUGUACUGGGUUCUGAACAGGCGAACUCAUCUAGGGAAUCAUUGAAUACACGUGGGACAAAUGCGACUUCGUUCCUUUCAACGCUCAGGCAGAAAGCAGAUAAGCAGGCGAUUAGCAAUACUGCGAAGGAAGCUAUGCGGAAAUGGAGCGCAAACUGGAAUGGGUUCAAGCGUGAACACAUGAGUGGACAGAGCAAUAGUAACGCUGAGGAGAACAUCGAUGGUGCUUCGCAAAGUAGCGGCAGUAGCUCGAUCUUCUCAUUCCCUACCAAGGGCCGCAAUUACGCAGACAUUCGUGCUGCUGUAUCUGGGCGGAAGGAGAAUGCAAUCCCUGAAGCGGCGCGUGAAGGGAGCUCGUCCUCGUUACCCAUCGACAUUCCUAACAAGAAUGAUGGCGAAGAGUCUGAAAAUGCGGCUGGAAGCUCGUCUUCGUCAUCUAACAACGAAUCCAAACUCUCGGCAUCGGUUUCGCCUCAGUCUUCUCCUAAAGCUCCGUCUUUACUUCGCAAAGAAGCAACUCGCGCGACUAUCUCUCCUCCUAGAGUUACGGCAGACACUCACACUGCUGACAAUACGACACCAGCCAUUGUAACUCCAACCGAGCCAGUCGUGGUACCUCCUCCUAUCAAGACGCAGCCCUCACAAGGUGCUAUGAUGACCAUCCCUGGCAUUCACGCCAGUCAUCGUGGUGAUAUUCAGUCUUACGGAUAUACACCACCUGCACUACCUUCUCCUGCGUCAACAGAAGGCAAACCACGCACUCAAGCGGUCCCUCCGGCGAUCCAGAGUGUGUACAGGCUAUUUAGGAGCCCGACUUCGAAUUCUUCUAUUCUUCAGCAGCAGCAGGAACAAGUGGGGGUCACGCAGGCAUCGCCCAGCUUAUCGCAUUCACCGUCAGGCAGGUCCGACCGUUCUAUGAACAUCCCAGCCGCACCAGACGCGAACGACGACGUUACUCCUCUUUCCCUUACACCGGUCGCACCAACCAGCCCAGGUGAAAGGACACCCGUAUCAAGUAGUAGACCUACUCCGCCACCACUCCCACCACGUUCAGUCCCUUCGCCGCGUCCUACUUCGACUACUUCAACACCGCCUCCCUUACCAGCACGACGGGACUCUAUGAACAUAAACAUAAACACGCCAGUGACUGCACAGGCGGAUAUCACUAUCGCACCGAGUGCGUCGGAUGCGUUGAGGAUGAUUGCAAGGCAGGAUGAUACGAAGAGGAAGGAUAUUGAGUCUUCACCGGAGUUACGGGCAAGGGGGAGUAGUGUGUCUUCGAAAACGAGCAUAAACACGGACUCGCAUCCAAUCACGCAAGUGAACAAGAACGCAAAUCACAAGACGAAAAGGACCUCACUUGGUGCACGGAGAAUUACGUCUGCUAUUAUCAUUUCUGACGAGCCGGAGUCGAUGCACGGAGGCGGCAGCGAUCCUCAACAUCAGCUUCAGGGUAAUAAUGAUGAUCUUACUCGUGGUGAGGCAUCUCAUACAACAGACGGAGAAGAACAACAACGGCAAUCUGAAACUGAAGCACAACGUCAAUCACAAUCUGACGCGCUUGUUAACCCUGUAUCUGCGAGUACAACAACAACUGAGGUUUCACCGCCCUUGAAGCCGAAACCACCUCCCUUACCACCGAGACGAGGUUCUUCUACACUCAUGUCUUGACCCCUCGCACUUCAAAUCUCGAGUCUUCCUUUUUCAAUCCCUCUUUCUUGAUUUCUACGUCCGUUUGUGUCUGCGCCUGACUUGCUUUGCCUCUGCCUCGCAUUUCAUCCAAACCCAUCAUUCAUCAUCCCAUCAACGCUUUUAUACUUUUCCAGUUGUAACAUUUACAUUUACACUACAACCACACACCUCUCACCACGCAUUUGUCUCUGCUCUUCAACAGAAUCAUAUGUACGAUGUCAUCGGAUCUCGAGUUUGUUUUAGAUAUAUACAAUAACACGCAUAUUUACC